AUGUCGACUCCUGGUGUAAAGCUUGUCGGUUACAUUGGCCUCGGCUUGGCAGGGGGCCCUCUGGCCGAGUGUGUCAUCAAGAAAGGAUUCACGACUCUGAUUCGCGACGCUGACCCUGAGCGCGUUCAGGCCUUUCUGAAGGCAAAUCAAGGACUCCCGGUUUCGGAAGCCCCUGCUGGUCCGCAGGGUUUCAAGGAUGUCGAUAUCCUAAUCACCAUGGUGCCCAACGGCCAUGUCGUGCGAGAAAUCCUCCUGGGCAAGGACGGCAUUGCGCCUCAUAUGAAAACUGGGUGUGUCAUCGUAGAUACUUCAUCAUCGAAUCCCUUUGGUACUGUGCAGCUGGGAAAGGACCUCGAACCAUAUGGCCUGCGCCUUGUCGAUUCCCCCGUCACGCAGGUCCGUAUGCACGGUAUCAAUGAUGGAGAGGCUACUUUCAUGAUUGGAGGCGAUGGCAAGGACAUUGAAAAGGUACUCCCAGUAUUGGAGGCCAUGUCACGGUGGAGAUUUGUCGUGGGAGACCUGGGCAAGGGUCACAUCAUGAAGACGUUCAACAACUACAUGACAGCGGCGGCCAUCGCGGCCUUGAACGACUGCUUCAUCGUCGGCCACAAGUUUGGGAUUGAUCCGGUCCAGAUAACCGAUGUCAUGAAUGUCGGAACCGGGAGGAACUAUGGCACCGCACAUUCUAUUCGUGCCGAAGGCCUGACUAGAAGCUACGCCAGUGGGUACGGGCUGGCGCUCUUGGUCAAGGACCUGAAUAUCAAUCUCGACGUUGCGUCCAAGGCGGGCAUAGACACAACUUUGGCGUCUCUUAUGCACACCACAUUCAUGGAUGCCUUGAAGGAACCUGAUGUCGAGCCGAGUGCGGACUAUACCGAGUGUCUCAAGUUGUGGGAGAGGAGAGCGGGCUUGAAACUGAAAACACCCGUGGGCAUCAAGGAGUGCGAGGAACCCAGAGACUUUCCCAGUCCCUUCUAG